CCUCCGCCGCGAACCUCUCGCGCGCGAAAACCACGAAAACCGAAGGCGGAAAACGUCAUCGAGCCGUCAGAACACCGGCCUCUUGUUCUCGCCAACGAGCGCCUUCGGCUCUGGAGCACUCCUUAUGGUCUCUCUCGCCAGCAACACUCGUCUCAGUUUCUCUCUCACGACGUCACAAACCGACUUCUCGACACUAUGAUCUGCGCGAUCGAACCUGACACGCGUAAGAACUACGGAGCUGGACUCUUGCGGUUCACUCAAUUCUGUGACUGUAUGCAUCUCUCGGAGGACUCUCGGAUGCCAGCGAGCGAACUCUUGGUCUCCGCGUUCGUGGCUACCUGGGCUGGGAGAGUCUCGAAGUCCACUAUCGACACCUGGCUGGCUGGGCUAGCUUUCUGGCACGCACUGAACGGCGCGGCUUGGCCGGCGGAUCGAGCGUUGCGCAUAACGUGCAGCGCGGCGCUCAAACUCGAGCCGCUGAAGAAACCGAAGCGGCCGCCGGUUACGCUGGAGCACAUGCACGCGCUGAGAGCGCGAUUGGACCUGACGAACGCGUUCGACGCCGCGGUGUACGCGGUGGCGUGUUGCGCCUUCUGGGGUUGUCGUCGGCUGGGCGAAUUGACGAUUCGCUCGCGGAACGCGUUCGAUCCUGCGAAGAACGUCGCGCGUCAUCCGCGACCCACGUUCAAGGUGCUCCCGGGCGGCGCGCAUUACGCGUGUUUCCACGUUCCGUGGACGAAGACCACGAAGUUCGCGGGAGCGGACGUCAUACUCACCGCCAUGACGGACCCAACUGAUCCGAAGACCGCGCUGGACCACCAUCUCAGGGUGAACGCGGCCAUCCCCAAGGACGCGCCGCUGUUCAGUUUCGAGACCGCGCAAGGCGGAUGGGCUCCCAUGACACGGGACUGGUUUCUAGACCGGUGCAACGAGGUCUGGGUCGCGGAGGGCCUAGGGCGGCUCUCGGGACAUUGCUUCAGGAUUGGCGGAGCUACAGAGUUGUUGUUGCGGGGGACACACCCAGACGUGGUCGCGACGCAAGGUGGAUGGCGUUCGCACGCGUUCUUAGAGUACUGGCGGAAGAUCGAGGCGAUUCUUCCACUGUUCAUUUCCAAUUCCUUCGAUAAGUCUCGGUUACACCUGGUAGAGAAGUCGAUGGCGGCGUUCAAGAAGAAGUAU